UAUCCGUUCGCCAUUGGUUAAGUUAUCGUAUGCCUUCAUACAUACGUUUUAUUUUUAAGUUUAGUUGUUUAAGGAAAAAAAUAAAUUUUAAGUUUUUUCCUUUCCGGUAUUAGAUAAUUAUAAAGUAAUUAGGUUUACCAUAAUAAGAUAGACAAUAAAUUUUUAAGUUACUACGUUAACUGUUAACUAUAGAAUUCUGCUGCAAACUAUACUGUUGAUAUUAAGAAACUCGGCGAAUUUAAAAGCAAUUUAUACACUGUUGAAAAUAGAAAGUUUCUAAAAUUCCGACUAUCAAAGAGGAAAGUGAAAAAACAAUGAUGGAGGAAGAUGAGAGGGGCAAAUUGUUUGUUGGCGGCCUUUCAUGGGAAACAACACAAGAAAACCUCUCUAGAUAUUUUUGCCGUUUUGGAGAGAUAAUAGAUUGUGUUGUUAUGAAAAACAAUGAAACUGGCCGUUCUAGAGGAUUUGGUUUUGUAACCUUUGCCGAUCCUGCCAAUGUUAAUCAUGUUUUGCAAAGUGGACCACACACUUUAGAUGGUAGAACGAUAGAUCCAAAACCAUGUAAUCCAAGAACGUUGCAGAAGCCGAAAAAAGGUGGCGGUUAUAAAGUUUUUCUUGGAGGUUUGCCUUCUAAUGUAACUGAAACUGAUUUAAGAACAUUUUUUGGACGUUAUGGCAAAGUAACUGAAGUCGUUAUUAUGUAUGACCAAGAAAAGAAGAAAUCUCGUGGAUUUGGUUUCUUGUCAUUCGAAGAAGAACAAGCUGUAGAGCAUGUAACAAAUGAGCGUUACAUAAAUUUACACGGCAAACAGGUUGAAAUAAAAAAAGCUGAACCCCGAGAUGGAUCAAGUGGUGGUAACGCUAAUAACAGUAGUAUAGGUUGUGGGUAUGGUAAAAUGGGUAAUGAUGCACAAUGGGGUGGACCGCAUCAUGGAGCACCAAUGAAUAUGAUGCAAGGUCCAAAUGGACAAAUGGGUGGACCGCCUUUAAAUAUGCCUAUUGGUGCACCAAAUAUGAUGCCAAGUUAUCAAGGAUGGGGAACAUCUCCUCAACAACAAGGUUAUGGAUAUGGAAAUAGUGGACCUGGUUCUUAUCAAGGUUGGGGAGCACCUCCUGGUCCACAAGGACCACCACAUCAUCAAUGGGGUAAUUAUGGUGGGCCACAACAAACACAGGGCUACGGCGGCUAUGAUAUGUAUAAUUCGGCAUCAACAGGUGGACCUAAUGGACCUUCAGCAGGUGCGACUUGGAAUUGGCCUCCAACUUCUGCAGGUGGUCCUGCAGGAGCUGCUUCUGGAGCUGGUACUGGUGGCUCUGGAAGUGAUAUGUAUUCAAGAGCACAAACUUGGGGAGCAACCGGUCCAUCUGGACCAGGCCCAGUUGGUGUAGGAGGGCCAAGAACCGGACCAGGAAAUUCAACAUCAAAAUCGGGUUCAGAAUAUGAUUAUGGCGGAUAUGGCUCAGGCUAUGAUUAUGAUUAUGGUACUUAUAGUAAGGAUCCUGCAGCAACUGGUUAUGGUGCUGGCCCAAGAGCGGGAUACGGUAAUGAUAAUUCAUCUCAACCUCCUUAUCCAGCUUCACAGGCAGUUUAAGAAACAACAAAAAAAUUUAAAAUACAUCUUUAAUUUUAUUUUCCAUUUAAAAUGUACACUUAAAUUUAUAUAUAAAAAUGAAAGUAGUUAAAAAAAAAACGUAAAAAUAUAUAAAAUAAAGAAACCUAUUAUAAGUACUACACAGAGAGAUUUAAAUAAAUUGUAAUCGAACAUUUAUAUUAUACAUAUAAAAUUUUAAAAAUCAUGAAUAAAUUUAGAUUUGACUAGCAUGUUGUUUGUAAUAAAAAUAAAUUUAUGAUUAUUACUAAAAUUAAUAUAAAUUUAUUAGAACUACAAAAUUUUAUCUUAUUUACUAAGGGGUUCAUGCAUUUUAAAAAAAAAAUAAUUUUAAUUUUAGUGUUAAUGUUUCCGUAUAAUCAAGUAUAAUUUUAAUCGCAAAACUACAAAAAAAAAAAAAACAUUUUUUACUAUAUUAUUUCUUGUUGAAUAUAUCGCAUUUUAAGUAAUCAUUUAACUGUCAUUAGGUUUAAUGCCACAGCGUAAAUAAAGCUUAAUUCUACAUUUAACAAAAAAAAAAAAAAAAAAAACAAAUCCUUAAAAUAAAAUUACAUUGUAUUUUUUGAAAAAUUUUAUCAUAGUAUAAAGAAUUCUAGGUUUAACUGAAAAAAAAAGCAAAAA